GUUCUUAAAGAGACACUAUAAAGUUGAAUUCUAGUAAUUCCUAACAUAUAAAAUGUGGUUUUGGCCUGAGGCAUGCAAGCUUUUGUUUUUACAAUCUCAUUUUCCUAUUUUUAAAUGCCGUCUUGUUUUUUAAAUGCUAACUCAUGUAGAAAGAAAGUGUGUAAGUUUCUAUACAUGAAGUACUGCCAAUUCAAAAAACAAAUAAACUGAAAACAGUAUGUUUCUCUAAUCUUUUUUUUUAUAAUAACUUAAAGUGUUACUUGUAAAUAAGGUAGGUAUAAAAAAGAAAAAAGACACUGGGAAGACUAUCGUGUCCCUUUAAACAGGCUGCUGUUUUGAGACUGAAAACUUAGAAUUUGGGUUCCAAAUAUGGGAGGAAGGUUAGGAGUGCACAAAUGAUGUUUACAGGACUUCAUUGUGAAUAUAAAUAUUGCUUUAAUUUACAAAAAAUCAUCAAAACACUUCUGUUUCAAGGUUCUCCUGAAAUGUAAAACAAAAGUCUCAGUACUAUGUAAGUGCUUGAGAAUCAGAAAGUGAAUGUAGUUAUAAACAAAAACGAAAUUGACCAGUUUGUUUGCUUUAUCUUUGUUCACUCAAAGUAAACAGUAUCUUUCGCACAUAAAAGUAAAUGGAUUUUAAAAAAUUCUUUUUAAAAAUAAUGUACUUAAAUUUUGAAUGCAUCUCUUUAAAUACAUUUGAAAUAGAAUCUCAAGGGAGAGGUUUACAGAGAAGAAUCUCAAAGAGCGACGUCAGAAAUGGUUUAGAAAAGUACAGGAAUAAGAAAAAGACGGGGGGAGAAGAUAGACAAAACUUGCCCAAGACCUCAUGCUGGCCAUAGACUUUCUCCUCCUAAUCAGCACAAGAGAGAAUUCCUGCUCCUGUGAACAUAAGCUGACCAGUUGGGCAGGUGCCUGCAGUGAAGAACUUCUGCUGGAAGGGAAAGCAUUUUAUUGCAUUAGAAACAAGCCCUGCCUGACACUGAAAAGUUGAUCUUGUUUGGUUCUUGGAAUCCAUUCAGGCCCUGUCAGUCAGAUGAAUUUGCAUUAGUUAGGUUUGCUGUAAAUUACCUGCAAUAGUUAUAAUGACACCAGCCCUCAGAGAGGCAGCAACAAAAGGUCAUGGUAUCCACUUGUCACCUUCUUUGUCCUCUAGAGCUAUGGAGUCUGAUACAACUUUGUGUAUGGAAAAUUCCAGAGCAGUCGAGGAGACGAAAAAAGAGGAUUCCAUCACACAGAUUACUUGUUCAGUCUUAGGAUUUCCCACUGCUGACCUCAACCUCUCUAAUGAUAUCUUCAGUGUAAAACACUUUGGUUCCCCACAAUCUACUAGACAUUAUCAAUCUGUCUUAUUAAUGAGCACAAAUUCUCCAUUAAACCUAAAACCCACCAACAGUAAGCAAAGGAAUUCAGAAGAGCACAGCUGCUCCAAGAUGAGAAAUCUACUACAUAAUGGUGCAACCACACAAAUCAGUCAGACUAAUAAUUCAGAAUCAGAAAACCAGGUCAGAGGGGAAAAUGUAUCAGAGACCAUGUCCCAAAGUUUGGCAGAAAUGCAAAGACUGUUGGAUUCAAAUGUAACUGAAAUCAGUAAUAUGGCGUUUCCAAAGUGUAAAUGGUAUCGGAAGAAUGGCUUUUUGGAUAAGGCUCUGCUAGUACACGGUGAGACAAAAAAAAGCAAUGUAUUGCAUCAAGUUGAGCAUGAGCCUUUGAAACCAGUCAUGAGCUGCACACCCAGGAGUAAAGAGGAGGAGUUGAAUGCUCACUUACUUGAGUAUAUCAGUAGGCAACAAGUUGUGCUCAGUCGAGCCAAAAGAGCUCGGAAACGUUUACAAAUACUCCUGGCAAAGCAUGUUGUCAAACACUGUGAUCACCAGCUGAAAUGCUUUGUGAAACAUCAGCUCCAAAGAAUGAAAGUUUUUCAUGAUCCAACCAGAUUUUUGGACAGUAGCUCCCGUGGAUGCACUGAUAUUAGGGAAGAAAACAGUACAACUAACUUGAAGAAUAAUAAAGACACACAGAAUGGAUUUAACAUUGAACCUGGUGAAAUGUGGGGUUUUGCACACUCUGCUACAGGCUUGCUAUCUCAUGUGGAGAAAGAUCUGGACUCUGAUGCCACUUGCAGUAGUUCAGAUGAAGAUCGUGAUGAACAGACUGUCAGAAAAACUGUGGAAGGCAACUAUAAUUCUGAAUGGAAGUGGCUUUUAAACAGAGCUAAAAUUGGCUACCGUUGGACAUGGCUUCAAACCCAGAUUUCGGAGCUAGAAUACAAAAUCCAACGACUAACCGACCUUCAUAGGCAGAUACGUGCCACCAAGGGGAUGGUGAUCUUAGAAGAAUUCCCACUUCCAAAAGACAUUUUGAAGAAGCAAAUGCAAUUGACAAACCCAGAAGUGUUAUUAAACUCCACAGGGAAUUCUCAAGCUACCUUUGAGAGACAGGAUUCUAUUCCGGAACAUGAUUUUGAAAUGUCACCAAGCAGCCCCACUUUACUUCUACGAAACAUAGAAAAACAGAGUGCUCAACUGAGUGAAAUCAUCAAUAAUCUAAUUGCUCCACUCAAUAUGUCCCCCACAUUCUUUCCUCUCUCUUCCACAUCCUGUAAACACAAACAGCUGGUCAAUGGCGUCUCUCUCAGAGCUUCAGACAACAGAGAGGAAAUGUCAUCUAGUAGCCAGUUGUUUGAUCAUCAACACAUCAAAAAAAGAAGAAAAGACAGGACAAGGCUGAGAUCUCCAUCUGAAACUAUGAGCACGUCAGCCCGAACAAGGCCACUUCAGAGUUUCCAGAAGAGGAAACUAUACCGAAUGAGCAGUGCAUGUUGUUGGAAUAAACAGGCUUUGCCAUCUAGAGAUGCUUCGUUUCCAUAUAAUACACAAGUGCCUUGCAUGGCUCCAGCCUCCAUUUGGAGCAGUUAUGAACGCGAUACAACAUCCAGAAUAGUACAACAUAUACCAGAGAUGGACUCCACUUUUCAUCCUGUGCUGUCAUUCUCUUCAGAUAUUCCUCUUCAUAUAUAUUUUGAAACAUUGUUAAAGGAGGACAAGAUCAAAGGAGAUCCUGUUGACUUCUCAGCACUAGGGGUAGAGUUUAAAAUGUCUCCGUUCAAUGAAUACAAUCAGCAUAAUGCUUCUUUCAAACAAUGGAGCAGUGGCUAUUUACUUAACUCCAGACCUCAAGCUGCAUCAAAAACAUCAGAACUAUUCUCAGAGGGAAGAAAAAAAAGGCACCUAAGUGAGACAGCGAUAGGAGAAUGUAACAGUGAUGCUUUUUGCUUUCGACGUGCAGAACCAGAAUCCCAUAACGAUUUUACUGCAGUGACUCAUGUCAAUUUGAUGUCUAGAGCUACCCCAAACACAUCGUCACAGCAUAGCUCUAGACGGAGACUGAGAAGCGAGAGCUCCUAUGAUAUAGACAACAUUGUUAUUCCUAUGUCACUGGUUGCUCCCUCUAAACUGGAGAAGCUACAAUACAAAGAAAUCCUUACUCCAAGCUGGAGAGUUGUUGAGCUUCAUCCUCUGGGACGAUUUCACAUAGAUGAAGAAGAGAUUGAAGAUCUGUCAGAUGAACUUUUUUCUUCACGUCAUGCAAAAUAUGAACAGCGAGAGAAAGCAAGGUGGUUAUUGUGGGAGCAGAGCCAAUGGCCAAGAAGAAAUAGCAGAUCUUAUAGCAAAAAUGCUGAAGGCCAGCGAGGACAGGAUCCAGUAAUGACAGAAAAUCAUCACAACUCAUGUGCCUUGCUGCAUUGUGCUGCUGAAGCUGUUUCUGACCUUACUUCAGAAAUCCAUGGUUCUGCAUGUUUAAGGGUCCCACAAUCUUCAAAGGAAAACCAAGAAACAAAGUCUGAGCUGUGGGAACUUCGGGUUUUUCCAUUAAAGGAUGAAGACAUAGAAACCUUACGGUGCCAAGACCAAAUAACAAAUCAGAUUGAAAGUUCAAGUGCAGAUUUCCACAGUGACUCCCUCUGUACUUCAUGUACGCCCAUCAGUGGCCAUCCACCAAGAAAACAACCUGCAGAAGAACUGGACGACUGUAAAAGUGUUUUCCUAGGACUCGGCAGCACAAGAAAACACAGGUGACAGGGAAUAAUGUGUUUCAUUAAGAAAGCCAGUUAAGGUGGAGAAAAGCAUAAGGUAAAAUCUCUGUUAUUCACACAACACAAUUCAGAUACUGUACAUUAGCAUCAUAUAAUAUAUUUUCUUUCUUGCUUUGUAACAGGCAGGAUAAAACCCCAAACGCAACAGUUUCUUCUUCCUGAACCACAAGAGAAACUAAUUGUUUCGAGCUGGAAGUCUAGUAUUGCCUGUGUUGAAAAUGGGCACAUCUAAAUAGCUGGCUUAUGGGUUACUGCUUUCUGUUGUCAUAUUGCCACAUUCUUUAAUAUGCUUCCUUUUUUUUCUUUCAUAUGAGUGUAUGGUUUUGAUAAGACAGCAGAACACACUUUAUUCCUUUAAACAAACAACUUCAAAACACAGAAAAACUACUUGAAAUGACAGUGAGAAGGUUAAUUUAAAAAAAAAAGUUUUCUUUAUUGGCAUGAGCUUGUGACAAAUACCUGCCUUGUUUUAAAUGCAUGUUUGAAAUCCACUGAAUAUUUAAAUACCAGUAAUUUUUAAAUACUUUCAAAAGCAUUAUUUGGGUUUAAAAUGAGUCACUCAGUCAACACUCAUUAAUGUUUGUUUCAUGAAGAAAUUUUCAACACACAAAUAAAUAUAUCACUAUAUUUUCAUAGUUGAUACAAAAGGUAGAGAGUUUUGUAUUUCAUUAAUUAAAUGAAGGUACAGUUCUUUGAAUAUAAUUUUGGAUCACCAGAUAUUUGGAGACCUAAUUCCUAGCCCUACUGUAACUAAUGCAGUUUAUAACUUGUGUGGUGUAAUGUCUUAACAAAAGUUUAGCUGUUAUGAUUUCCUGCCAACUAUGCAAAAGUAGAGUGAUUAACCACAAAAAGAAUACAUUUUUAAUAAGGACAUCAUAAGGGCAAAAAACCUUUCACAAUGUUAAUAAAAAAAUUUAUUUUUAAAUUUGCAGCCAUUUACUCAAAGGAAAAUAAAGCAAAUUGUUUAAGCUCAUACAUUCUGAAUUACAGUAUUUAGAAUUUAUCUACAUUCUCAAGUGACACUAAUAGAAGAUGAAGCAUACCAGAAUGAAUUAUACAGCAGUAUUCAUUGACAUCGAUAGAAUA